GUACCGAACACCUGGUUAAAGAUGCGGCUGAACAUAUGAAGUCAAUGACGUAAGCGCUGGUAGGAAAGCCCAGAGAUAUUCUGCGCGAGUCUCGCAUCUUGUGCAAUUUUUUGGUUCACCAAGCUUACACUUCCUACAAUCCAUUAUGAGUCCCCAAGCUUCUUUCACAGACAAGCUCGCCCUAGGCGAGGCAAAGAGAGGUGAGAACAAGCGCAGAGUCAUCGUCACCGGUGGAAGCGGCAAGCUUGGUCGCUCAACAGUCAGAUACCUUGCCGAUGAGGGCUGGGAGGUCAUUUCAGUCGACACUCGUCGUCCUCCUGGUAUCAGCGAGGAUGGCAAGUCUGGUCUUGGUGGCGCAUACCGCCUAGUGGAGAUUGACCUCGAGGACAUGGGAGCGGUGCUGGAGACUUUCCUUACCACCGAUAUGGCAUACAGUGGCAUUGAUGCCGUAGUCCACCUAGCAGCUAUCCCUUCUCCCGGCCAGACGAACAGCUCGCGUCAAUUCCGUACCAACACCAUGAGCACAUACAACGUCCUAGAAGCCUGCCGCAAGCUCAAAAUCAAGAACGUCGUCCUCGCCUCAUCUGAGACACUCAUCGGCAUUCCUUUCGACCCUCAUCAGCCUGAGUCGCUGCCCAUCACGGAAGAGCACGAGAGAAGGCCAGAAUCAGCAUACUCAUUGUCAAAGCUGGUUGGCGAGACAAUGGCCGAGCAGUAUGCAAGAUGGGACCCUGAAGUCAAGAUCAUCUCGCUGCGGUUCAGCAACGUUAUGCUGCCAGAAGAGUACAAGACUUUCGAGGCAUGGCAGGACGACCCGACGAAGCGCUACUGGAAUUGCUGGGGCUACAUCGAUGCAAGGGAUGGUGGUCAGGCGGUGUCUAAGUCGCUGGACAGCAAGACUAAGGGUCACCACCAGUACUUGAUCGCUGCGGAAGACACUUGCAUGAGGCAAUCGAACGAUGAGCUUGUCAAGAAGGCCUUCCCUGGCGUCAAGUACAAUCCUACUUCUGGUCCCAACGAUACUCUGCUCUCGAUUGACAAAGCAAAGAAGGAACUUGGUUUCAAGCCCGCGUUCAAGUGGCAGGAUCAACUGUAGAAGUGUAGUACGACAUUGGUUAUUGGUAUGAUGCAGGUC